UGUUGUCGCUGUAGUCCACUUCCUGCUUCUUUGCCCUGGUUACUCCUGAUCGGCGACAUCAGCAGCUCUUCACCCGACGAAAGGCACAAUGUCACAUCAGACGGGAAUUCAAGCGGGUAACGAUGUGAAAGAUAUCUUUGCCAGUGCCAGGUGCGGAGACCAAUAUCGAGCCUUAAAGAUCGUCAUUGAGGAUGAGCAGCUGACCCUGGGCACCACCAGGAAAGCAUCUAAGAAAUGGGACCAGGAGUAUGAUUCCUUCGUGCUGCCGCUCCUCGAGGACGAUAUGCCCUGCUACGUUCUCUACCGGCUGGACUCCACUAACAACCAGGGCUAUGAGUGGAUCUUCCUGGCCUGGUCACCAGACCAAUCCUCAGUGCGACAUAAAAUGUUAUACGCUGCUACGAGAGCCACACUGAAGAAGGAGUUUGGAGGCGGCCACAUCAAGGAUGAGAUCUUUGGUACCUUAAAGGAUGAAAUGAAUCUCAGUGGAUACAGGAAAUAUCUGAUCUCGCAGGCAGCACCCUUGCCCCUCACUGCAGCAGAGGAAGAACUGAGACAGAUUAAACUAAAUCAGGUGCAGACGGACAUCAGUGUGGACAGCAAGCAGCAGACUCUGCAGGGAGUGGCUUUCCCUGUUCACAAAGACGCCAUGGCAGCACUCGAACGUUUUAGAGACAAGAGAAUCAACUAUGUGCAGCUGCAAGUGGACUCUGAGCAGGAGCUGAUUCGGUUGUGCAGCACUGAGCCGACAGACUUGAAAGACCUGCCAAUGAGAAUCCCUAAAGAGUCUGCACGUUACCACUUCUUCCUCUACAAACAUUCCCAUGAAGGCGACUACUUAGAGUCCACAGUUUUCAUUUAUUCUAUGCCGGGGUACAAUUGCAGCAUCAGAGAGAGGAUGCUGUAUUCCAGCUGCAAAAAUCCUUUGGUUGACAUGGUGGAAAAUAAGCUGGAGAUUGAGAUUGAGAGAAAGUUGGAGAUUGAUAACGGUGACGAGUUGACCGGUGAUUUCCUGUACGAGGAGGUGCAUCCCAAGCAGCAUGCACACAAGCAGGCCUUUGCCAAGCCCAAAGGCCCAGCGGGGAAAAGGGGCGUUCGCCGCAUGGUCCGACUACCUGUAGAGGGAGAGGACGAAGAUUAAAACAGACCUCAGCACCCGACCACCACCCUUCACCCUGAGCACGUUCCACAGUGGAACAUUCCUGUG